UCACUUGGAAGAUUUAUCUAGAAGCUUGGCGCCCUUCUUUAUAACGACGCGCUUCAUCACUUUUGUGGAAUCAUAUUUGGAUUGGAGUUUAUAUUGAUUUGGUGUUUGACUUGUGUGAGAUCAGCUUUCAAGAAUGCAAAUCUUUGUGAAAACUCUUACAGGAAAGACUAUUACUCUUGAAGUAGAACCUUCUGAUACUAUUGAGAACGUCAAGUCAAAGAUACAAGAUAAAGAAGGAAUUCCUCCCGACCAACAACGUUUAAUCUUUGCUGGUAAACAACUUGAAGACGGUCGUACUCUAUCGGACUAUAAUAUUCAGAAGGAGUCAACUCUUCACUUGGUGCUGCGUUUGAGGGGAGGAAUGCAAAUCUUUGUGAAAACUCUUACAGGAAAGACUAUUACUCUUGAAGUAGAACCUUCUGAUACUAUUGAGAAUGUCAAGUCAAAGAUACAAGAUAAAGAAGGAAUUCCUCCUGACCAACAACGUUUAAUCUUUGCUGGUAAACAACUUGAAGACGGUCGUACUCUAUCAGACUAUAAUAUUCAGAAGGAGUCAACUCUUCACUUGGUGCUGCGUUUGAGGGGAGGAAUGCAAAUCUUUGUGAAAACUCUUACAGGAAAGACUAUUACUCUUGAAGUAGAACCUUCUGAUACUAUUGAGAACGUCAAGUCAAAGAUACAAGAUAAAGAAGGAAUUCCUCCUGACCAACAACGUUUAAUCUUUGCUGGUAAACAACUUGAAGACGGUCGUACUCUAUCAGACUAUAAUAUUCAGAAAGAGUCAACUCUUCACUUGGUGCUGCGUUUGAGGGGAGGAAUGCAAAUCUUUGUGAAAACUCUUACAGGAAAGACUAUUACUCUUGAAGUAGAACCUUCUGAUACUAUUGAGAACGUCAAGUCAAAGAUACAAGAUAAAGAAGGAAUUCCUCCUGACCAACAACGUUUAAUCUUUGCUGGUAAACAACUUGAAGACGGUCGUACUCUAUCAGACUAUAAUAUUCAGAAAGAGUCAACUCUUCACUUGGUGUUGCGUCUGAGAGGAGGUAACUGUUAAAAUAUUUUAGUUUUUGGAAGUUUUAUACUAGUGGAACCCGGUCUGUCUGAAAAUAAAUAGUGGUUGUAAGUCUUUUUCUGAAUUUGUAGAAUGAAUUUCCAUUGUGCUCUCAAGAAAGGAUUCUGGUUAUGC